GAUGCAAUUAAGAAUAAUUGUCAGUCUCAGUCUCAUUAUUCAUUAUUAUCCUCACACCUUACACAAGUAGAUUUAAUAUAAGGUAUUUAGAAUUUAGUCAUUAGGUAAGUAGCUCACACAUUCAUAAAAUCUCCCCUACCAAACCUCCACCCCCACAAUUUAGAGUUUUCUCUCGUCUCCGGUGAAAAUCAUCCUCAAGUUAGGAUCCUCUUGUCUUCUCUCAGUGUUAAUCUUCUUAAGUCUCGAGAUCUUCAUAAUUUUCACAAUUAUUAUAUCAAGUAUCAAGUUUUUAUCAAUUAAUUAAUUAAUCGAUAAUGGUCAAUGAUUUUUAAUGUGAACAAUCGCGAUGACUUGUGAGUAACAGGUUGGAAAUAAUGUUUGAAACUGGUCGCAGAUCGGCAAUCAGCAGCUCGGAGCUUGGACUCUACUCAGACAGAUCGGAUUAUUACAAUAACAAUAAGUACGGACCUGUUGUCAGGAAAGUUGUAAUUGGGAUUAUGGCCGUCGUUGCGGUAAUACUGGCAGCCAUCUUCAUCUAUGAUUUCGCAUCCGGAGCAGUCGCGAGCAGCAAAGUCAGCCAGGAGACCAAACAUGUCUACAUCCUCCAAAAUCCUCUGAAGAAACCGAAUUACUUGAAAAAGUCCGCGCAAAUUGAUGCAGAAUUACAAGAUCGGUCCGAUUUUGAUGGGAAUAUUUCUUACGUAGACGCGAGCGGAAGGAGAGGAAGUAUUGACCUCGAUAUUCCGGAAGUGAGGAGUCAGAAUUUGGAGAAUUAUAAACUAAGGAAGAGGAUGAUGGACUCGGAAGACAAUGUUGAAGAAAAAAUUGAAAGUAAAGAAGUUGUUAACAAUCACGCGGUUGUUUAUCGCGUCAGGCAAAUGUUCCAUCCGGAAACAGUAGCCCAAGUGGAGCCACACGAAUCCAAACCUACGCCAUUCCACUUUGAACUAAAAUCUCCCCAGCCUGCAUCGUUCAGACGAAUAAAAUUUCCGCAAUUGACGCAGUAUCGGUACCCACAUCCUUCAAGAAAUAUCCAGGAGAUCAUAAAGUACCUGACAAACGACCCCGCUACUACGAAACACGGGAUUAAGUUCAGCGGAGUUUACAUGAACCCGAAAAAACAUAACUUUCCUGAGAUGGGAAGUUUAGUUUCUAACAGCGAUCGCUCGGAAAUGGCGAGUGAUUCUGAGGAGUAUGAAGAAUCUGAGGAUGAAACUGUUCAAUUUUCGGGAGGACAUGACCCGUUUUAUCCGUAUAAGCCAAAGUUUCCGGGAGAUGUUAAUCUUUUAGCGCCUGCUAAUGUUAGAUUUUCUCCUACAGGAGUCCACCGCUACAACCCAUACUUAGAGCCUCCAUAUCACCGGCCAAUGCCUCUAAACCGACCGAUGGCUGCAGAAUCCAGCUACGAGAAUUCCGCAAACGCUGGAAACUACGGAAAAAAGCGCAAACCAAAGCCUUUUAGCGUAAUGUUAGACAUCUACCCUAUCACAGACCUAAACGACCAGCCCUCAAACAAAAUCGCCCGACCUAGACCGAUUUCCGAAGAGUUUUCCGAAAGCAGAAGGCCCAUUUUCGGGCGCGCCAAUCGCUACUAUUCAAAUGGCGCCCAACCAAUCCCCCUGAUCGCUUUGCCAGCCGCAACUCAGAACGGGCAGGCUUCUGAAGAAGAAGAAAAGAAGCAAAUGAUCUUCCACCUCAAUUUAUACCCUCGGAAGAAGGCCAAGCUCAACAGAAAUGACGUACGCCAGAGAUCGGAGGCUAUGACUACCGAAGACAAGCAGCAGUUCAUUGAAAAGGUCAUGUCGCCGUUCGAUACCAUCACAAAACAACUGACAGACCAGUCAGCCAUCGAGGAGUUAAAACGUGAUGGCGAAGAUACUCCGAAACAUUUUCCGCUGAUCAGAACUCGGGAUCAAGCGAGCUUUCUAGAAAUGCCUAACGAGAAACCCGCUGACAAAACUGAUAACCUCUUCAAUCACAAUCACAAUCACAAAAUGGCGCCCGAUGAUCCGAAAAAUGGAACCACGAAAAGUAAUACUUUUAGUACCACUACAGAAAGUCAGAAAUUUGCUGAUGGGCUUGUUGCAAUUGAAUAAUAGGACAAUUUUUGGACUAAUGAAUUUUUACUACAAAAGAAGAAGAAAUAUAAUUUAAUGAAUCAGACCUUGGCCAAUUAAAAGUGAAAGUAUGUUAUUAAUCUGAUGACUGUAAUUUGUAAUUGUAAAAAAUAUGAAAUUAACGCGGUUAACCAUUUCACUAUUUGUUACUGUUAAUGUUUAUCUAUUAUUAAUAUCAGCUCUCUAUCUUUGCACGGAAAGCGGCUGAUUCGUUAAUUAUUUUUCAUUUAUAAAUAUUUUAUAUUU